CACGCGGGCGGUUCUCCCGCAAGCGCUCGUGCUCGGUCGACCUACACUUGUCUUUCUGCGGAAAAGGCUCCAGCAGAUCAGUUUAUAACGACAGAUGUGAUGGUUCCUUUUGAUCGCUCAUAGGUGGAAGAAAACAGUUACAGUAUGAAUCGGUGCCAAGAAUCAGGUCAAAGUGAAGAGCAGGAGGAGGUGACUGGACUGGUUUGUCAGGAGGAUGACCUGAAAGAUGGGCAGAUGAAGGAAGUAACUGUAGGGGACCAGAAGGUGUUGCUGGUCCGUACCCACGGUCAGUACAGUGCUGUUGGAAGCCAGUGUUCACAUUACAAUGCUCCUCUUGUUAAAGGAGCACUGGUUGGUGACAGAGUCAGAUGUCCCUUUCACGGUGCUUGUUUUAAUGUCAGAACUGGAGAUAUUGAAGAGUAUCCAGGUCUGGACUCUCUGCCCAGCUAUAAGGUCAAAGUUGAGGAUGGCAAGGUGUACGUUUCCAUCAACAAAAAAAUUCUUAAGCAGACCAAACGAGUGAAGGAGAUGUGCAGCUUGGUGCCAGACAUCAAACAUACUAUUGUGCUCAUAGGAGGGGGUCCCGCUUCCCUGGUUUGUGCUGAGACGCUGAGACAGAACUGCUACCAAGGUCGAAUCAUCAUGAUCACCAAAGACACUCUUCCUCCGUUUGACAAACCCAAACUGAGUAAGGCUAUGAAUGUGGACAGCAGCAGCAUCCUCCUCCGGUCAAGUGACUUUUAUCAACAAUAUGGAAUAGAAGUGUGGACACAGAAGGAGGUUGUGUCAGUAAACUCCGCGGUGAAGACGGUGAAGUUGAGUGAUGGCAUUUUGCAGCAUUACGACAAGCUCCUCAUCUCAACUGGCUGUCGAGCGCGGCCGCUCAGCUGUCCUGGCUCUGACCUGCAGGGAGUAAAGUUACUGGAGAGUUAUGAAGAUGCCAAAGAGAUUCACAACUCCUGUCUUGGACAGAAGGCUGUUGUCAUCGGAGCUUCCUUCAUAGGUAUGGAGGUGGCGUCCUUCUUGUCGGACAAAGCAGCCAGUGUGACCAUGGUUGGCUCUGGCAGGUACCCAUAUGAGCGGUCUCUGGGCCCGGAGAUCGGCAAAAUGACGAUGCAAAUGUUGGAGGAACGAAAUGUGAAGUUUCACAUGAAUGACAGAGUCGCUGAGAUUAAAGGGGAGAACGGCAAGGUGAAGGAGGUAGUGCUAAACAGUGGCACGGUCCUGGAAGCUGAUGUUGUGAUUGCUGGAAUUGGUGUGAUCCCCAAUUCAGACUUCCUGGCAGGAAGUGAGGUAGAGGUGGAUUCAAAGAAAGCUGUGAUUGUUGACAAGUUCAUGCGGACCAAUAUAACAGAUAUUUUUAGCGCUGGAGAUGUUACCUCCUUCCCUCUGGCCAUUCGUGGAGACCAAAGGGUCAACAUCGGUCACUGGCAAAUGUCACAAGCUCAAGGAAGAGUAGCUGCCCUGAACAUGCUACAGAAACCAACCAAAAUUGAGUCUGUUCCUUUCUUCUGGACCGUGUUACUUGGGAAGAGUAUUAGAUACACAGGCUAUAGUGAAGGAUACACAGAAAUUAUAUUCAAAGGCAAAGUGGAAGAGAGGAAAUUCUUGGCUUUUUACAUAAAGGAUGAGGUGGUGGUAGCUGCGGCCAGCCUGAUGUUCGAUCCUGCUGUGGCUCGUCUCGCAGAGCUGAUGGCCAAUGGCCAGGUUUUAAAAAGGGCACAGGCUCAAGCUGAUGACCUGAGUUGGCUGCAGAUGUGACCAGAGAUCAGGAGAGGAGUAACACCUCUCAGUGACGGUGGAUGUCGCCUCUCUUUUCUGUGCUCCUCUCUCCAUCAAAUAGUGCCAAACUGGAUUGCUCCAUUUACUGCCUCAGGCCUCUUGAAAGUCAAUCCGAGCUCUUCUCUGCUCUUACACAGAGCACUGUUACCAUAGCAGCAAGCACAGCGUUAUCGAAUUUCCACUUUGUGCACACGGUGAAUAAUCUGAUCUAUGUGUGAUGAGCAUAGCCUGAAAAUGACCAAACAGACAAACAGCAGUUUCAGCUGUAUUUUUAUUCUGAGUUUUGACCAUAGCUAGUGAUGUGUAGACCAUCACAAUUUAUGAUUAAUGUCAACGAUACAACAUAAUUAUACCCAAAUGUUUUUGUUAACUUUAAAUUUUAAGAUCCCAGCACUAAUAUUACUUCACAGUACAGCAAUAGUGAAGUAACAAUAAUUUUAUCCAUUUAAAAUGCACACUCCAUUCAACAUGGCUAAAGAGUUACAGAAUAUUUAGAAGUAACUCCUUUAAAGACUAAAAUGCAAACAUAUGAAUAUGAACAUGAUGAUAAUUAACAGUUCAUUAACUUUUUUUACUUUCAUGUUUGAGACUUUGUAAUGCCUUAAACUGUUAUACUGUAUAAAUGUUUACAGCAGAGACUUAUUGUUUAGUCUUCUUCCUGUACUGUAAGACUCAAAGUGAUGCGAUUUCAGUAUCUGAUUUUGAAAUUAAAUUUGGACAUAUUGAGAGCAGGUAGGAAAGCACUUUGUAGCGUCUUAAAGACCUUUUAGUUACUUAGAAAAUAGAAUCUGAAUGCUUUGUGGUACAAAAGUGAUGCUCAGGUAUUAAAUUGAUUUAAGUUGGGGGUUUCAGCAGCACUGAUUAUUCAUAUCAUAUUAUAUUAACUGUUGGAAGCAUGGGGAUGUGUUUUCUCAAUUUUUUUUUUAUUGCAGUUUGUGUUAUACUCACUACAAUAAACCACUGCUUAUCUAUA